ACAUCGCAGCUUCUUGGAAGACGCGUCAUAGAUUUUUUUUCCUCUUGUAAACACGUGCGAGCAGCAGGUUGUGUGUCUAUCGGGGACAAUUGUUGGCAGUUAAAUAGUUGUUAUAUCAAACUUAAAAUGGCAAAAAGCCUCCGCAGCAAAUGGAAGAGGAAGAUGAGAGCCGAGAAGAGGAAGAAAAAUGCUCCGAAGGAGCUGAUCCGUCUGAAACAGGCUCUGAGUCUGGAUAAGAAGGCAGAAGCCGUCAUGACUGACAUUCAGGAGAUCGCCACUGUGGUGUCAGCUGACCAGAUCAUGGAGGCAGCGAGUGUGGCAAUGGGAGAGGUCGCGGUUGGCGAGGGGAAGAUGGACAUGGACAGCAAGCGCAACAAGAAGACUCUGUUGGACGAACAUGGUCAGUACCCCGGCUGGAUGAAUCAACGGCAGGCCAAGAAACUGAAAGGCAAGCGGUUGGGAAAGAGCGGCCAAGGCAAGAAGAAGAAGAAGGGUAUCGCCUGGUGAACCAGAGGAUAACCAAAGACCGCUGCUUUGCCUUUUUAAAGACUUUUGACGCAAGAGCAACUCAGUUCAUGUACUCCGUACUACGCGAUAAACGUGGAACUUCUCUGGUUGAAUCUCAUUCUGUUCAGUGGAUUCUGAUAUUCAUGUUUGUGCAUCAGAGUCUGUUGUAAAAAUAUUUCAGUGCAGGAAAAUGUUUGUCCUCAUGGAACAGCAUUUCUGGAAAGUCUAAACUAAGACUGAAAAUAUGAUUCCGCUGGUCUUACUACAUCACAUGAGUGCAGCGGAUUGUCAUAUCCUCUAUUACAAUGUAAGUCUACGGCUGGUUUAUUACUGUUGUAUAAAGCCUGGCCUGUGUGUUAUUCCUAAUUUUCUCCCCUCAUCUUGUACUGGAAUGUUUUUCCAGUAUUUUUGGUGUAUGCAAAAUAAUGAAUGAAUAAAUGUUGAAGAUAAACAACUUUA